CCGUGGGUACCAUGGCAACACAUCCAGGGGCAGGUGGGGCUGCUUCCUUUUCCUCCUGCAGUGAGUUCAGAAGAGCGCUGCGGUUGCUCCUGAUCAGCUACUCUAGAGUUGCAGCGGCAGAUCCUCCACAUGUGUAGGUCAUCGGCGGAGACAGAAGGAUCCGUGCUUGUUUUUCCAACGUAGAGCAAAGAAUAGAAUGGCGUUGAUGCUGCUCAACCGACAUCUGACUUGUUUGCUGCAACAGAACUCCAGGAUAUUUGCAGCUGGACACAGAGGAAUCAGCCAAGCUGCGGCCAAAAUCGACGUAGAGUUUGACUAUGACGGGCCUCUCAUGAAGACUGAAGUCCCCGGCCCCAAAUCCAGGGAACUAAUGAAACAGUUGAAUGGGAUCCAGAAUGCGGAAGCGGUCCACUUUUUUUGUAACUAUGAGGAGAGCCGAGGGAAUUACCUCGUUGACGUGGAUGGGAACCGGAUGUUGGAUCUCUACUCUCAGAUCUCUUCCAUCCCGAUAGGUUACAGCCACCCGUCUUUGAUCAAGCUCCUCCAACAGCCCCAGAAUCUGAGCACUUUCAUCAACCGGCCUGCCCUGGGGAUUCUGCCCCCUGAAAACUUUGCGGAAAGGCUGAAGGACUCGUUGCUGACAGUGGCUCCUAAGGGCAUGUCCCAGGUGGUGACCAUGUCGUGCGGCUCUUGCUCUAACGAAAACGCCUUUAAAACCAUCUUCAUGUGGUACAGGAACAAAGAACGGGGCCGCAACAGCGUUACCAAGGAAGAGCUGGAGACAUGCAUGAUCAACCAGCCUCCAGGUUGUCCAGACUAUAGCAUGCUGUCCUUUAUGGGUGGAUUUCACGGGAGAACUAUGGGCUGCUUGGCCGCCACCCACUCGAAAGCCAUCCACAAGCUGGACAUCCCUUCAUUUGACUGGCCCAUCGCUCCAUUUCCGAAACUCAAGUACCCCCUGGAGGAGUUUGUAAAAGAGAACAAGCAGGAAGAGGCCCGUUGUUUGGAGGAGGUGGAAGAUUUGAUUGUCAAAUACAGGAAAAAGAAAAAAGUGGUCGCUGGAAUCAUUGUAGAACCGAUUCAGUCGGAAGGGGGAGACAACCACGCCUCGGAUGACUUCUUCCGAAAGUUGAGGGACAUUACCCGAAAGCACGGCUGUGGUUUCCUGGUGGACGAGGUCCAGACGGGCGGUGGCUGCACUGGCAAAUUCUGGGCCCACGAACACUGGGGCCUAGAAGACCCGGCUGACGUGCUGAGCUUCAGUAAGAAGAUGAUGACGGGCGGGUUUUUCCACAAGGAGGAAUUCCGGCCCAAUGCUCCGUAUCGGAUUUUUAACACAUGGCUCGGGGAUCCCUCCAAGAACCUCCUGCUAGCAGAAGUCAUGAACGUUAUUAAAAGAGAAGAUCUCCUAAGCAACGCCGUCCACGCGGGGAAGGCUCUCUUGGCAGGGCUGCUAGAUUUACAGGAUCGCUACCCUCACCUGAUCAGCAGGGCACGAGGACGGGGGACGUUCUGUUCCUUUGACUCUCCAAACGACGCCAUAAGGAACAAGCUCAUAUUAUUAGCCAGAAACAAAGGUGUCGUUUUGGGAGGCAGCGGCGACCGAUCGAUCCGUUUCCGACCCACCUUGGUCUUCCGAGACCAUCAUGCACAUCUCUUCCUGAACAUCUUCAGCGAUAUCUUGGCAGACUUCAAGUAACAGAGUCCCGCCUUGCACCACGCAAGCCCAAAUCCCACAGAGUCUGAGAAUUAGUUUAUUUAAAAUCAUAUAUAUAUAUACACACACAUUUAUAUCUCUAUUUUCACUAACAGGAGGUUUUUUUACAGUCAUUGCCCCCAUGCUUGAUGCCAAUCCGAGCUGUUUCGGACCAGAACUGUGGACACUGAUGGCAUUUCUGGGGUUUCUUGCAGGUGUUCUGAGUUCCAGGUAGGGGAGUUCAAACAGACCGUGGCUGCUCACCCUUCCAUGAUUCAGCCCUUGCCAGAUUUUAAGGCGGGGGGGGGGGGGGGGGUUUGGGCAGGGCAUCUUCUUUAGAAUCUCUUUAAAAUACACACAAAAACUUCAAGGCUGUGGGCGGCAUGUUUGAAGGAACACCAGUGUUUUCACAGCCCUACAACUCCUGGCACACCAGUUGUCGCUUUGGGAGAAGGGCCAUCGCUCCCAGCUUGGAUUGGGGCUUGCCCAGAAGCUGCCAUUUCCACACCCCUUUCUGUAGCGUUUCCAUUUAUCUGCAGCCGCCAGUUUUUGCUACGACAUUUUGUAAAUUGAGGUGGGAGGAUUGAGCAGCGCAGUGUAAAAGCCACCCGCGCACCUCACCCCUUACCCCCCUGGGAGUGCAAAUCGGAGGGGAAGCGUUCGGGAUCUCUGUCAGCCUCGGGAGCCUCGAUCCAGCCUCAGAUGAGGGUUGGCCCAGAUUGGCUGUCUUUUCGACCGAGAGGUGAGCCAGGAACGAGUGUGGGAUCUUUGGCACACUCGGCCUCUUCUCUGCUGUGGAGGUGCCGCCCUGAACGUGCUGCUCUUCCCUUUCCCAAACCACCCACAAGCAAACGUGUCCUUUUGGGCAGUUGUGUGCGAUUCCUUUCUCAGUGAACAACCCUGAGUGGGACCAGACAUAGGUGCAGAGCGGCCCCAUCUUGACUCCGUGGCUGGAGCCAAACAGAUUCCCUGAGCAGUACCUAAUGUUUCUCAGGUGUCUACUUGUGGGCCGUCGCCUGCCAGGGGUUUGCCCAACCCAAUCAUUUGAGGUGGAAAAAUAGGGAUGACCACAUGUUUCCAAGGCCUUGCAAGGUCUGACUUAACAAUUUGCUGUGCCGUGAUCAAAGUAUACGUAUGGGUCUUCUUUCCGAUGCCAGUUUUGGUACCCAGAAGAAAGGAAGAAGCACCAGAGUUUGUGAGUGCGAAGAUGUUUGUUUGUUGGUUUGCGAAGAGGUUUUCUGCUAAGCAGAAAGGGUUGUCUUUGAUAGGGACCGGGGAAGAGAAAGCAACUGUGUGAGUUUAAGAAAACGUUCAGUCCCGCCCCGCUCGACACUACUUUCCUACAGUUGCUUCUUGUGGAGGGGGGGGGCGAGCAUAGGUAUAGAGCAGACUGGACCAGACAGAACUGUUUCUUAUUGUGCCUUUUAUGCCCCCACCCUGAUGCUUCCCACCUACCCCAACUGCUAGCAUCCAUUGCUGUCUCUUUCCCUUCAUGUCAGCUUUGGCUGAAGGGGUGGGGAGAAAAGUUUUAGAGCAGUAACGUAAAAAGAAACAAGCCGCCCUUCCUCCAAAUUGUUGAUGUGUCCCGUCUCCCUGAUGUUCCCCAACACAACAUCAAAACGGAAGAGACUAUCAAGCGGCAGAUGGCCAGAUUUGGUUCUCGGCGCCGCCCGUUGCCCUCUUUUUUCACACUCGAUUAACUCAGUGUUUAUCCCCUGGACUCUGCAACUGCAGCAUUUUCUUGUCGCUGUGCGGUGGUUAAUCCAGAGGCCCGUGGUGCUGAACGCCGGGGGCAUCGGCCCAAAACACCCCAUCCCAAAGUAGCUAUUUGCCCGCAUGCACCUAAGCAGGACCGAUCACCGCUCAGCUACUUGAGCAUGAGCAAAGUGCCCCGCAGCGAUACUUCGCCAAGUGCUUCAAAUCAGCCGGCCAACUGUUUUCCCCCUCUCAUUUUGGUUUAUGUCUUCUGGGAUGCUCUCUGGGAUGCCCAGAUUUUUUGUUGUUGUUGUUGUAUGUUGCAGGGGACGGGGGCAGGGCACAAACAUGCACAAAAGUUCCAAGCCUCCUUGAUGCACUGGGAAUAGUUGGGAGUUCUCAGCAUUUGCUGGUACCUGUAUGACACUCUGGCCUUCCGAGCCAUCAAUCUAUUUGAACUAUCGUUCAGCAUUUUCAGAUCAACUGGGGUAGUCCCAGUUUCAUCUCCGUCCCAUUUUUCCCAAGCUUCAGGCGUGGGAAAAGAGGUUCACAUCUGCUGCCAACUGGGGGAAUCCUGGUUCCUUCAAAAUACCAUGCAGUUGAGGGGAUUCCCAUUUCUAUCAACCCUUUUUCCGUAACCAAAUCCAAGGUCUGGUAACCAAGACUUUUGCCACACUCUGUUUUGGGAUAUUUGUGCGGGGUGGGGGAGGGUAUAAACACUUCUCAGCGUGCUUUUUUUAGCAGUAAUUUUUAUGGAAAUCUUAACUGUGAACCGGCAUACACACCCUAAAGGUUACCACAGCAUGGUAGAGGCUUUGCCUCUGCAGCGUCUAAUUCUAUUCUAAAAGUAAUAAUUUUGUUUACAACCUGUUGACUGUGCCAAAUCCAUGCAUAAAGCCGACACGUAACCGACCUUUAUGUUUAACCAAUAGCCAUGUCCCAUGGAUCCAUGAGAUAAGUUUCCUUGUGUUAAUCUGUAUUCUUAAAAUAAAAAUAUUUAUAGCUGAA